AUGCUGUCUAUUGGAUCAGCUGAUCAAUUCAUUCACCAAAUUACACAACAAUUUGUGUUUCAACGGUUAUGGACAGGAAAUUCAACACCACCAGAGUUAGUACCAGCGUCAACCCCCUACAAUCGAUUGGUAUGCCGUAAUAAUACAGAUUUAUUCUUUGCAACUGGUAAUAUUGUUCGAUGCUGCUCAAUUAGUCCCAAUCAUAAAAAUUACAAGCUAUUUAAGGUUCAACAUCAAUUUCAUGAAGUAGUUUCUUUGUUGAUGAAUAAAUCAGGUACUUUAUUAGCCAUUAUCGGGGAAGAGCAGAUCGAUGUAGUGUCUUUACCCACUAAUGUCAUGAAAAGUGGUGGUAUUUAUGUUGAUGGUGCAUGUUUCAAGAUUAAUAACUUACAAGGUAAAGUAAGAAAGUGUGUUUGGCAAACAGUUGCAGCGAAUGAUUCAACAUUGGUAGUUUUGAAUGAUAAUUCACAGAUUCGAGCUUAUGAUUUGACAAAAUCUUUAGAUGUCCCUGUGGUAGACAUUGAUUUGAAAAGCUAUCCCAAUUUUGCAAAUGAGGAAGCUAUUUCUAUUACAUUUGGUUCGUCUAAGAAUUUGGCUGGUGGGUUGACUUUAUAUGUCUCAACAUUGUCAAACAUUUAUGCUAUUUAUCCAUUCACUUCAAGAUUUGGUAAUUUGGCCACCACUAAAGAAGCAAUUGAUAUAGCUUUGGAAGAUACUAAAGCGGCCAUGGAAUUGAUUCAGGAAAAAUACCCUGUAAACUUAGUCGAAACGGCAACUAGUUCUUUGAAUAAAGCAGCUAUCCAGCAAUUUGAGUACUACCUGUAUUUCAGAAACCAAUUGUGUGGUGAAUUACCAAUAGUGAAGGAGGUAAGAGACACCCAUACAAAUAGCCCAUACGAGCUUUUUGUUGUUAGGCAGAAUUUAAGUAAUUGGACUGACUACAGUUUACAAGGUCCCCUCAUUUCAAGUAAUUCUGGUAUAAAGGAUUUAAUUUCAAUUGGGGACAAUGAUUUAGUUAGCAUACUUGCUAGUAUUGACACUAAUGCCACAGUCACUUAUUAUGCUCAACUUGCGCCAAUGUUGAUGAAGUGCAACCUAACGAGUGUAGCAAGUAACGGUGCAUCAAAUGAAUCAAGUCAAACAGUUCAUAAGCCAAGAUAUGUUAAACCAAAAAGAGGAUUUGGUUUUAUAGACAACUCAGAAGAAGAAGAAAAAGCAUUGGUGAAACAAACACAAUCACAGGAAAGCUUUUGGAAAGAGGAAUUAACAACCUUGGAUUUUUUGCAAAGUGACAAGCUUCCUGUUGAUGACAAUAACGCCAUUACUAAUUUCCCAACAUUCUUUGGAGAAAUUGAUUCUACCAGAUUUAGUGUUUGUGUAAAUUCCAACAAAUUGGUUCUAGUUGAUUGUUCUUGGGUUCAGGCUUUUGUUGACGAUCUUAAAAAUGACAAAAUAGAUUCUGUGUCGAUCACAACAAAUUAUGGUAUUGCCUCUGCAGAAAAAGAACCUAUUACAGCUUUUGCCUACGUAAAAGACGACGUCACUUCCACUGGAGAAUACUUGAUUGUUUGCAGAAGUAAGCUUGUCAAUGACAUGGAAGUUGUUCAGAUUGUCGAUAAGGCUGUGAGCGACGAUCAAGAUGAAGCCGCAGGUACUUUACUAUUGCCUGAAGAGCCUCAUAAGGAGUCAACAUUGACAUACAUUCCAUCUAAACCUUUCAGUGUGUUGGAAGAAGAAUUGGAAAGUUUGGAGAAGAUCGAUAUUGGCACUGAUAUUAAGAGCAACGAAGAUUUGAAUAGUUUGACUGUUGAUAAUCUUUCAAAUUUGAAUUCCUUAUCUGUGAGAACAAUUCAACUUGCUUCUUCCUAUACAAUAUUUGGAAUUAAAUUGCAAUCAAGAAUUUUAGCCAAUUUGGAUUCUUUGAAGGAACAAUUGCACAUACUUGAUAAGAUUAAAAACGAUUAUGAUGGAGAUCAUCCAAAAGACCAUACAGAUAAAUUGGACAAGUUGACAGAGAAACAAACGAAGUUAGAUGAACGUAUGAUGAAAUUGCAGCAAAAGAUAUUUGAUGGUUUGAAUAAAUUCAAGCAAGACAAAACAUUACCAAUAUCCAAGGCAGAGAAAGAUUGGUUUAAAGAAAUCAACUCCAUUAAUGCAUUGUUGAAUUCUUCAACAGAUGAUGAGGUAGCAUUAACGAAAAAAAUUGAGAAUUUAUCAUUACAAGUUCAUUCAAUUAUUGAAAGCAGGGAAAAGGAGAAGACACCAAAAUUAACUGCUGUGGAACAGCUAGAAUUAGAAAAACGAUUAAGCAAAUUAAAAAAUUGGUUACAACGUGAAGACAAAUCUAUUGAAAUUUUAAAAGAUAAACUUAACAAUUCAUUGAAAUUAAUAGGCGACAAAUAG